CAAAGAAACUUGAUAUCUUUACUUAGUUACCUAACCCACCCGACCAACCUACCUUUGUCUCGUCUCAUUUUUGUCCUGUUUUCUUUGGUCACAAUGAACGCUCUGAAAUUAAGUUUCACCAUGAUAGUUCUUCUCCUGAAUCCAUUUUCAAAUGCAUCAUUUCUUCCCCUCCUGAAAGAAGGCUUGGACGAACUCAGUCAUCUGUUUAACACACGGCAUUCUCUUACCUCCAUCUUGUUUCCAGGCCCUGUAGAAUCCAAGAACAUUACUAUCAAGUUGGGCUUUAUAGGAGCGUUGGACAAAUCUCUCGGUGCCACAGCGUCUUUGGGACAAGAAUUAGUAAGUUUGUUACCUAUUGAAUCUUACAACUCAUUUCAAUAUUCUAUGUUAUCCUCUGACUAACAAAUUCCACUUGUGUUGUGGUCUUCUUUCAGAGUUCAGCGUUCAAAAUCGCCAUUGAGCUCAUAAAUGCCGAUGCAGCCAAGAAUGGUAGUAAAAUCAAAUUUUCCAUGGAUUUUAAAAGUGAGUGUUUAUUUCCCUCUUUAAUAAGAAACUGGCUUAAAGCCGGUAUGAAUUAAAAUUUACCUUAACGAGAAAUUGGAUUCGUGCCUUGGCGUGGUGUCUAGUAAAGAUUCCCUAUGAGUUAUUCAGCUUUCUUGCAUGUUUUACAUCGGACUUUCGGUUUUUGUCAUGUAUUCUUAAUUCAAAAUUCUUUUUAUUCGGAAAACUUCGAAGUUUUGAUUUUCCCUUUCUAUGCAGUACUUUAUCGUCAUACCUAACUAUGACACAGAUUUUUUUAAGGCCAAUCUAUGGAAGAAGGUCGCCAAUCACUUAAGAAUAGCAUGAGCCUCUAGGGCAACUGUUAAGUUAAAAAAACUCUUUUAAUUGCUAAUUCAAAGUAUUGUCUCUCGUGGACAAUAACUAGAUUCACUUGUGCAAUAACUAAUCUUGUUAUUCUCUGAACUGGGCCAUAAUUGCAAGGAACAAUCAAUUAGUCAAUGACUCCUCGGCUACCGUAUUGUAUUGUUGCUACAUCACGCGACAUUUUGGCACAUUCUGACGACGUACCCAUCCCGUUGGAUGAGCAAUUAAAGUUCUUUCACUUGUUUUGUACCGACCAUACUAUCGUGUUAUGUUCAAAGCCGUACUGCUUGAACAUCCUAGCUACAUAUCAGAACGAGUUACGAUUUUAAAAAGCGAGAUUCGCCGCUUUAAAAAUCAUUGUCCUCAAAAGUAGAACAGCCUGAAACAUGGACAAAUACUUUUUUGCCUAUGUGUUUUGAGUCUCUACCAUGAAUAGAAUGGUGAAAAUGUUCUUUUGCAGUACUGUGUAAAUGUCUGAUGUCUCGUUAUUGAGAAUUAUUUUUCUUUCAAACCAAGCCAAAAUAAAUUUGAGUCUCUGGAUGAAAACCUAUAGUAUGGCCAUUAAAAUACAAGCUCUCUUUUAGCUUUUCUGUUACACUUCUUGUUCUAAGAUUUCUUGUGAUUUAUUAUUGGAAAACUGGCAAAAGAUUAUUGUUUUUCGUGAUUUUAAGAAGAGGAGCAUUACGCUAUAUACUGACUAUUAUAACAACUUGAUUUAGUCAGUGAUUGUAAAACAAAUCCUUUGUAUUGAGCGUCAUUGACAAACUUCGUUUUCAGGUAUGAUCAAAGAUGGAGGCACGAAUCCGUCCACUACGUGUAAGAUCGCUGCCCAGCAGCUUGCGGCGGAUUCGGACAUUGUGGGUGUCGUUGGAGCAAUGCGUUCUUCGUGUUCAAAAGCUUCACAUCAAUACUUCAGAGACAACGGUAAGAAAAUCAUGGACACCAACGUUUGCUCAAGUAAUCGAGCGAGAUUUGUGGUCCGAAUCUGUUUGUUGUAGUUAUCAUUGCCUUUAUCUUGUAAUUAGUUUGUUUUCCGUCUUAUUAGCAUGCAUGUGAUUUUAAGUCAUUUUAACCCUUUCACUGCCAAAUGUGGCCAAAGGCAAAUUUCGACCAAAUUUGCAAAUUUCAUUUUUUAAAAUUUUGACAAACAAAUAGCACCAUGUGAAAGUAUAGGCAGAGAGUUUUCAUUUCAAUGGUAACAUCAUAGGAUUUCGUCCAUAGACUCAAAAGUUAGAGUCACCUUACAAAACUCCAUCAAACACUCUGGCAGUGAAAGGGUUAAUAAAUCCCGUGAUACGAAAUCUAUCACAGAAAUGUAGAUGCUUAAAGGAAAAUCAGUUAUAUUUAAACUUGCGAUGAAGGCAUAAUCACAAUUUUUACGGCCUGCGUGCUCCAGCACAAACAGUUUCUUUGUUUGCAAAAUUGUCUACAACAGUCUUUCUCACCUUAGAUUAGAAAGCAGAAUACGGUAUUUAUUUCUCUGUAAACUGUAUCGGCAUUGUAAGGUCCGUUUGGAAGGUUAAAAAAUUCGGGAGAAAGUCAAGGCGUUUUAAUUUUUCUGUGUGGGGUUCGAACUUGUUGUCUCAGGAAUAGAAUCCCGUAAAAAGUGCAUGUACGCCUGAGAGUUGAAUAGAUUUUAGAUGUUAGGCUGGUAGCUUGCCAAUGUAGUGUUCAACUAAGCUUUCCUAAAAUGUUUUUGAAAUGCAGUAUCUAAAUUUUAAAACAGUUAACAUUAAGGUUUUAAUACAUUUCUACAAUGAGCUUUAAAGUGAGAGAUGAAAUAUAAGAUUUAUGAGGAAUUACGCUCGUUAAUGUCACGAUUGAUGUGAGGUUUGAUUUAUAGGCUGCUUCACGUGGCAGUAGAAUUUUACAACUCCUCCUUUCCAAAUAGUCUUCUUCGUCUAUUCAUAAAGCUUUGCUGUAAUUUCUAACAACACGACUGAUCUUUUCGAAAACACUUCAGGGCGACAUAAUGUGCGUUCAAAACUAAACGUUUUCAAUCUUUGAUUAUUGUUUUGUGUUAGCACCGACUAUGACCCAGAUAUCAUAUGCGUCAACCGCAGCAGAGCUUUCUAACAAGAAGAAGUAUCCACGAUUCUUCAGGACUUGUGCGAGUGAUGUACAUCAGGCAAGCGCCCUGGCUGAGUUGGUGACUUACUUCAACUGGAGAAGGGUGAGCAACUAACUUGUCAACUCCCUCUAUCAACUUUUUUCAUUUUAAGUUGUCAAGUCCUUUAUAACUAAAGGGUAGGGCACGACCACGUAAACCCCUACUUAAGAGGAUUCGUUGUUUCACAGUCUUCAAAGAAAAACUAUGUUUCAUGUCUUAAUACAGUCAAACCUGUGUAAAACGCCAGUCACCCUUGGAAAAUGGCAAGGUGAUCAUUAGAUACCAUUUUAAAUAUAAAGGGUCACCGCUAUAUACAGGUCAGAAAAUAUUGCAAGAAAAUUUUGGGAAGUUGUCCGGUGACCGUAAUAUACAGGGUGACAGGUAUAUACAGGGCCGUUGUAUACAGGUUUGGCUGUAAUUGUUAUCGACUUUUAGGACGGGAAGGAUCACUGGCUCAGUCUGUUUUCUGUUCGAUGCAGUAGUCUUAGUAAACGCUCAAAACCAAUGUUGCAGCUAAGCACAUAACUAAGGCAUGAUUUGAGACCUGUUAUGGCAGUUUUAAUUAUUUAUCUAGUCCAUCAAGUUUCGUUUACGUAGCUUUUAGAAACAACGGUUGAAUAAGGAAAGAUUCUUCACUGGCUUAAGCUGCAAGCUUAGUGGUUUCUGAACUCAGCUUAACUCCACCUGCUCAGCAAAUAUCCGGGUUUUUGUGUGUUUACAGACAUUCUCUAACUUCCCCUCUCCCCUCCUUCAUCCGUUAUUUCAGGUGAGCGUCAUUGCUACAUCAGAUGAUGAGUAUGCCAAAAACCUUGCAGAUAGUUUCGAAACGGCAGCCCGCUUACAAGGAAUCCGAAUUCACGCUUCUUCGAGAUUUUCCAGUACAGCAAGUUCAGACGUCUUGGACAACAAACUGCAGUUGGUAAGAGUUGAUAUAGUGGAACCUCGAUGUUGCGAAACUCUUUGUAACGAAGUCCUCGGUACAACGAACGAUAUUUUUUUGCCUCAGUAAUAGUAAAAUAUAUAACGAAGAACCUCGAUAUAACAAACCUCGUUAUAACGAGCGUCCUUGGCCUUUCGUUGUUGACGUAGCAAUCCACAAAAUAUUUUUUUUAUUGGCGUUUAGAAAAAAAGUUAUCGUAACAUCAAGCUGCUGGUAUUAAAAAGCUUUUAAGUAGAGCGAUGUGGUUAAGAAUUUUCACAUCAAUUACUUUUAUGUUUUUCUAAGUAAUCGUUGUUUGCGCAAUUGUCUGAUUAUCUAUCAAAACGCCUCGUUACCUCCCAAAAAUGUCUUUAAUCGCUUUGAAAUGACAUCAUCAACGAGAAUAAAACAUUUUAAAAUUGCAAAAAGGCCAAAAAUAGCAACAGAGGGAAGACAUCAUGGCGUUAAGCGCCCCCACUAUCAAUUUGUCUCCUCUUGAGAGAGGAAAUUCUUUAUUUUUCUUUCCAAGAGCCUUGCUCUUAACGGCUUCGAAUUAUUGAUAAUCCGUUCUAAGUUUGUCUCAUAGCAAAUUAGCUAAGCCUUUUACAAGGUGAAUGCCUUUUGUUUGUGAUAAGCUUAGCGGUCGACCCGUUACACUCCCCUCCCCUCUUAGUGUCAAGUACAGGUCAUCUGAAUUAUCGUCCCAGUUAUAAAUUGACUCAGAGCACGAUCCGGAAUUUUGGGCUUUCCUGCUUAAAGAGAAUUAAUCUAGUCCACACGCGCACAGUGGUUGAAAGAACAGCAGGGAAGUAGAACUAAUCUCACUUAACGUCUGCACAGUUUUAAUUGGUAAACUGCAUGCAAGUGCAAUGGCGAUGACAAUUUGAACGUGUUCUUAUAAGCACUCCUGUGUUCCACUCCGAGGAUCAGUUUUUUUUGUAACCUUAGUGGCGUGUGCAAUAGCUGACUGUGUAGCGUAACAAAGACGUUCUCCUUCUUGCUAACAACUCAGGCCACCUGCAACACUGAACAAAUUACUUGUCUGUUCACUGGUAAGAUAAAUGAUCAAUAUUGAAUUUUUUGGUCUGGAUUUUUUUGUUGCAGAUAAAAGACGCUCAAACUCGAGUAAACCUCAUAUUUGCUCAGCCUGAAGCUGCCCGAACUAUCUUAGAAACUGCGAAAGGAAAGGUAAAAAGAAAUCCUAUUAGCUGGAUUCCAAGCUUUCCCCAGAUAGACUUUAUAGUGUUGUUUAAUAGGUUUAAUUUCAAGUAUCACACCAUGGCAAGCUACAUUGGUCUUCUCAAGAAAAGAAAAAACUCACUGAGAAAUCUGAUACUUACAGCCCUCCUAGUGACGUCGAAGUAUUUUUUAAUCCCUUUUCGGCGUAUUAAUGUAAUUCUAUUAACCAAGCUUAUAACGCCUUCUUCAAAGAGGCAUAGCAAAUCAAAACAGAAUGAUUGGUCAUUGACCUUGUCUGCACUUCACACUUACAAGCUUCAAGGUUUGUUGGAACAGGCUUUCUCUCCUUAGGUAUUGCAACAUUGGCUUGCAUUCAAAUGGACUCGAAAAAAGGCAGUGUUGCGAGAUAUUUUAGCCACAAACUCUUCUUCUCGGCCUUCCCCUUCCCCCAAAACACAAAAACAAAACGAAAAAAGAUUGAUUGUACCUUGUUAAAGUUUACUUAUCUAUUCAUAUUAUGUCGACCAUAAGCCUAAUACCUGUCCUCGCCAUUUGCUACAACCAGUUGCAAAAGUACUUGACACACUGUACCGUAUUUUGGCAUAAAUGGCCUGUCCAUGAUCUUGUGCUUGUGAUCCCCCCCUCCACCUUUUAUCAAAGUUGCUAGCAAUACAAGACCAUACUCAAAACUAGGAGGAACAACUUUGAAUGGGAGGGAGGAGGGAGGUCAGUAUCGUAUCUCACAGACCUAUGACCAGGAGCGAUUUGAAGCAAGAAAGAUCGUUUUUUCGUGGGAGUGUCUCAACAUUUUUGCAACUGGUUGUAGCAUCACAAAUUUGCAUCUAGUGGUUGUCCCUUAUCCUUGAGAAAAUUUAAAAAAAAAAAACGUCUAAAAUCUAGCGUAUAGACAUGGAGGUGUGAUAUUUUAACCUCUGUCUACCCAUUAGUAACGUCUGUGUGACGUAUUGUUGUUUUAUAGGGUAUGACUGGCCAGGGCUGGGUGUGGCUUGGUAGCGAUGGUCUUACAGCUGUUACUCCUACCAACCAGACUAAAGCCGCUGAGGCCAUGCUGGGCAGCGUAGGCAUCAUGCCCACAGGUACGUUACAUUUGUAACCCUUGCACUCCCACAAGUGGGAAAUAGGGGGCUUAAGCAACGACGACGGCGACGGCAACGACGACGGCGACGGCAAAUUUCGGGAACGGCUAAAAUUUUGACAAAAAAGGCGAUAUUUGAAUUCAGUCCAAACAAAAAUCAAACACUCCGGCAGUGAAAGGGUUAAGUUCAGCAAACAACAACUUUGCACGUGCAUCACGCUUUUUUGUACAUUUCCUAGCCAUCGUUGCACGACUACUACGUGAAAGUUUCUAAUUUCACGUUUUGUCGAAGACGGGAUCACAAGACAACAGCUUUCUUUUUCUUUUUCUGAACUUUGAUACAGUCCUUCAGAAUUAAAAAAAAUUUGCCCACAUAUGAAAAAUUAAACGAGAUGAAAUAAGCGCGAUAAUUAAAGUUUGAGGCAGCGCGAAUUCACUUUUUAAGUGACGUUUCUGUAGCCGUCGCCGUUCUUGUUGCUUACGCUACCUAAAGUUAAAAUUCUACAACAUUUCCCAAUCUCACUUUGUAGAAUGUUGAACAAAUAAAAAUACUGCUGAAGAGAAUUCUUGUGAAUUGUAACAUCAUAGGAUUUCGUCCACGGACUCAAAAAGUUAGAUCUACAAACUAAAUAGAUAGCACUGUAUGAAAGUAGCGCUGAAGAGGUAAUGAAUGGUAAUUCACACCGGAUUGGUUUGGGACACCAACUUGACCGCCGUUUUAUCGAAAAUGACGGAAGUGACGUUAUGUGAAAAGACUCCAUAAAUAGUACCAUGUUGAAAGUACGACAGAAGAUAAUUCAUUUUAAAAGUGGUAAUAUCAUGGGAUUUCUUCCACAAAUUCAAAAAUUACCUUACAAGACUACAUCCUUCACCCUGGUAGAGAAAGGCUUAAAUAGAAACCAUUUUGUGAACCUCGAUAGAACCAAUCAAAGCACAGUCCAGAUAGUAUUAUUCCGUUCCAUGUAGGGCAGGAAUCCCGAUAUAUCGUGCCUCUGUUACAAGAAAAGCCCGAUAUAAGAAACCCUAGGAUAACGAAUGACAUUAUCCCUCCCCCGGAUAUGAUAAAACGUGUUAUUACAGGACACAGAUGUGACGUUAACCUGUUAAAAUAUCAAAAGAUCUGCCUGGUCUCUAGGCGCUUGGAGAAUUCGAACGUUGUGAAUUCUCAAACGAACUGUGUAAUCAGAUUUUUCCAAUAUACAAACUAAGAAAAUUGAAAUGAAGAUAACUUAACUCUUUUUGAAAACUUCUUCGACUAGCGUCGUCUUAGCUAAUUUUAGUUUAUUCUUCGAUCGGUGCUAAAGCAGCUUUAACUGUUUAAUUGUUUUCGUCCUUUAGGAGGUUUUGGCCGACUGAGUCUGAACAUCAUUGUUCGGUGGAUUAAAAAGUCCCAAAUGCGCGUUCAGGAUCAGUACCCUGGAAUCAUUUAUAAACAUGUAAGUUUUCCGUCCAGGUUGAACUCCAUCUAGCGAUGAUUAGAGUGUCGUAUGAGCCGUCAAGUUGUUAUGGUUGUUAUUAGACUGGAUACCUUAAAAUCAGGUUGGAAAUCUUAUGUGUAUUUGACACAACGCCAGGACUCGUCGUAGAGAACCAUUUUUGUGAAUUCACUAGGCAUGUCAUUGAGGAAAAUAGGAAAUCAGAGUAAGAGACAAUUGUGCCGGGAAAACAGUUGAAUACAGGCCUGAUUUUGGGGUAUCCAUGCUAGUCACAACAGUCAAGUGAUAUUGGGCCAGGUUUCCAUUUCAUCAAGUACGCCAAAAUCGAGCAAGCAAAGGGAAGACUCGGCUGACAGGGUGCGGUUAUACGAUCGCUUUUUUAAAAAAGAGUAUUUUCGCACCCGCUCCAGCUUGGGUUCUCGCUGUAACUCCCACACGCCAUAUCGUAAUGCUGCGUAUCCUUCUUAUCAUUAAGUUGAGAUUAGUUCUUAAUGCUAGCUGUUAAGUUUUAUAACCUUUGCUUUGCAAUGUUCUCCAACAGUUGCGAACUUCAUCUUACGUGCCGCAAGUUUAUGAUGCAGUGUAUGCAUACUAUCUGGCGUUCGACAAAUUAGCGAGACAACGCAAGAUAACCGAGGUAAAUUUCUUCUUUUGUCCAAAUUCCAGCUGAAUACUCUUGUAAGAAACGCGUUUCUACCAUUAGAUAAGCUAUUGGAAGUUCUCAGAAAACGGUAUUUUGUUGUUUUUAUAUAGAAUGACUCCCCUUCCAAAUUACGGGAGGUUGUUUUUGACGAAUUGAAGAAAUUCAACGAUAAGAAAAAUGCAUUUGUCGGUGCUCAAGGUUUGUGCGUUUUAUGUUUUCUACUGUUUUGUGGCUGAUUGAGUGAACUAAAAAUUGAACUGAAUCAAAUACUUUUUCAAAAGUUGACCUUUUUUGUUUAAAAAGGAUUAAAACUGCUUUGCAUCGUUUUCUUCCACUAAAAUGCCUCUUAAUCUUUUUAACAGGUCCUAACACGUACUUUGAAACUCCGAGGUACAACGUUGGAAAUUUUCAGGUAAGAGAAACGUUCCUGUCUGCUUUCAAUUUUUCUCAAAGAAUCGUGUCUUGAAAAAUGGCAUCCAUUUUAGUAAACGGUCGGUCAUACCUUUUCUUUAGAAGCUAAAACCCUUUCCCGCCCAGAAGUUGCCAAAGUCGAAAUUUCCGCGACAUAGUUACUUAAUUUCAAUUUGUAAAAUCAUCCUAAAAAACAACUACUGCUGAGUGAAAAUACUUCUGACGAGAACUCAUUUGAAAGGGUAAGAAGUCACAACUACACUCAAAACUGGUAUGUAAAGGAUUCAACAAAGCACAUACCUUUUCAUUGCUGGUGAAAUAGGACUUAACCUUUUUAGGAGUUGAGGAAACGUCAAGACUCGAGGGAAACAAAAUUAACUAUUUUCGCGAGUGGCCAGUCUUAAAUUAGAGAUUUUUUUUCAUAGCCCACGAAGUAAAAUUUCUACUUGUAUUAAAUUGUGACAAUAAAUCGGGCGAGCGGUCAAUUUUCGCGGGUAAUAGUGCACAGGUAUGUUGCCUGCUCGGCGACUUUUGGCGGGAAACAGUUUUACGGUUAGAUGGCAGUUGUCCUCAGUGUAACCAGUAGGAGCGGGUACCGUUGGGAAAAGAUCCCUGCCAUAUAGCAAUCACAAUUAUCGUUUAAAAAAAGAGCUAAAUUAUAAGUACUCUUUUCGUCUCUGUUUUCAGGGAACCACGUGGGUAAAGGUCGGCAAAUGGAGCCAAACUAUUGGCGUUGAAAGAGAGAAUAACGAUAUAAUUUGGCCAGGAAACACAAAGACACCUCCCACGGAUAAGGGACUUCCGGGCAAAACCACCUUCAGAAUAGGCUUCAUUGCUCCUAUUCACCCGGACCUAGCGGGUUUAUCGGAACUCGGCCGGGAGUUCGAAUCAGCAUUCCGCGUGGCUGUAGAGAUGAUGAACAGAGAUUUGACGCUGUCUGUUGAUUUUGACAUAAAGAUUCAAGAUGGCGGACUUGAUCCCAAUGCUUCAUGUACAGCAGCAGCAGAACAGCUUGUAAAAGAUGAUGUCGUGGCUGUUAUUGGAGCGUAUCGUUCGUCCUGCUCUCAAGCUGUUACUGAGGUUUUAGGUAAGGAGAAUUUUCUUGCGGUAAUUUCCCCCCAAAAUGCAGGGUUUUCGUUAAGAAUUCUGGUAGUAGGAGAAAGGAGUAAGGUUGCAGGAAAAUACUUUGAAAUAGGCUCCACUUCCAAAUAAAAAAAAUAGUCAUAGGCUACCGACCAUUAGCCGGAGAUUUCUGUGGAUUAAACGGAGAAUUCUCCGAUCUCUGAUGCCUAACAAAAACCCUGAAAAUAAAAUUAUGCGGUGAGCUCUCCCAAAUUUUCUGUGAGUGCUAGGCCCAGUUUUUCAAAAGAUGGAUAUCGCUAUCCCACGGAUAAAUCUCUAUCCUCUGUAUAGCGCAAUUGGUAUCCCUAAUACUCAUAUAGUAGAUAGCGUUUUUAAUAUUGCGAGGAUAGCGCCAUCCAGCUUUUGAACAACUGAGGCGUGUCCUUUAAAUGUUUCCUCCUGCUAGAGAUUAACAGUCUGCUUAAUAGGCACGUAGGAAAUAUGUCGCCCGAGAUAAACGAGGCGCGCGAGAGAGUAGACACGGGUGGGGAGUGAGAAAUUAUGCAAUAAUUAUGCAUACGUCACAAUGCAAUAGCGGGCCAACCAAGGCGUUAUAAUGUUCACUUUCUGAGAGAGCGUAGAAUUCUUAUUGUCUUCCUCUUUCCACGCGGGAAUCCUUUCCCUUCGCGGCCCAUUCUUGCUACUGAAUAUAAGACAGAAAAUAAAGAAAGAAAAACAGAACGACAGUCCAUCUAUGGGUGUCCGCUUUAGAGAGUUGUCCGUCAUAGAAAGGUGUCUGUUCAAGAAGACUCCUUGUAUCAUUUUUAUUGUUCAGCAACAUUUAACGUGGCCUGAGGUUUUUUGGUUAACUUGUCCAGUGAAAUUCAAAAGUUCACUUCUUUGUUUCCAACGACUUAGAUUGUAAGUAAAGCCUAUGUACUAUUAUUUCGUUCUCAAAAACACUUGUAUGUAUUAUCGGAGUAAUUUUUUUAUAUAUAUUCCUAGUGUUUUUAGACAUUAGGAGGUAAGAACUUUGAUUCCAGGAACAGAGUUUACUGGCGGAUUUUAAUAUUUUUUGGUUGUUUAAUUCACAGGUUCCAGGAACAACAGAGUUCCUCAAGUUUCGUACGGCUCAACGUCUGCAAUUCUCUCGGACAAAACAAAGUACAAGUAUUUUUUUAGAACUUGUCCUUCUGAUGUUCACCAAGCUUCCGCUCUCGCAGCCUUAUUUCGGAAGUACUUAUUACCUGAAGUUGGUACUGUAGCCACAAACGAUAUUUACGGAAAGGAACUAGCGGAUAUGUUUGAGAACGAGGUUACCGGUAUGGCUGAUGUGCCAGUCAGUGUGGUCAGCAGACAACGUUUCGAUGUAAAUGCGCGAGCAGCAACCGUCAGACCAAAAAUACAACAGGUAAUUUCAGUUGUUGUGUUAAAGUUACUACACGUAGCCUGCGUAGCAAGCGUUUCUGUGCGGUUUAGGAGCAAAGAAUGAGGAACAAGAGUCAAAAGACCGCGCGAAAAAUUUUUUUUGUUCUCGUUUCAUUUCUCGCGCGGUCAAAACCGAAAGUCCCCUUUUGCUCCGAAACCAAACGGAAACGCUUGCUACGUAGGCUAUACUACACGUUGUUAAUGCUACCUGUACCUCGUCUCCAAAAUGAUGGAUAUAUAGAUUUUAAAACUCAAACGUUUUGGGUUAUGCAUUGCCUUGUAUACAGAACUACUUGUUUCUGUCUUUUUCUAACAUUGUUAACAAUCUCUUAAGUUAUUCGCUGACUUAAACUGAAACAUACAUGAAAGCCUCUCCCUUAGAUCUGCUCUUUAUCCAGACGAUUAUUCAGCAGUUGAAAGUGGUAUAUGUCGACAGUUACCUCAUCUAUGCUCCAUUAUUUUUCAGUUGAAAGCGUCGGGAUCUCAAGUUCACCUCAUCAGUAUGGUUCGCCAUGAUACAGAGACGGUUUUUCAGCAGAUUAAAGAGCUAGGCAUGACCGGGAAAGGCUGGGUGUGGAUUGGAACAGACGGCGCGACCUCGUCCACGUUCAAUCAAAAUAAAGACUUGCAAAGAACAAUGGAAGGCAUGAUCGGAACUCAACCUAAGAACGGUGAAGGCAGCAUUUAUUUGAAGUUUCUGGCAAAUUGGAUCAAGAAAGAUUCGACGACAUACCCUGGAAUUGUGCACAGUAAACCGGUAAGCUUUAUUUUUUUUUUAAAGAAAGACGUAUUCAUAUUCUAGUUUGUAGUAUACCGUCGACUAAGGUUCCCUUUCAAAACAGCCGGUAAGUUUGUGAAUAGGUUUGGGUAAAAACAAGAAAGUUCUCAAGUGAAAAGAUUGAGCGCUUGGCGAAUAACAAUGAACUAAUCUGAGCCGGAAAGAAAAUUAACGAAUGUUAUUUGUUACUGAUUUUCUGAUAGACUACUUCUUUACUUGGGCUUGGUGGUGUUUUCUAUUGAAGUAACUGUUGUAGUUUCUGGUUUUCCCAAUUGCUCUCCGUAAGACAAAGAAAAGUACUAUAGGGACAUAUUCAUAGGCGCGUUUCAUCAUUUACUUGUUUACAGUCAUAACCAAGCAAAUCGUUACGCGCUUCCACGCGCCUUCCCGCGCUUACCAAAUGCUGCCCGUAUUUUUCUCGAGUUCUAAUUGGUUCCUUGGAUUGCCGGGUUCUGUUACGAUUGGCUGAAGGUUUACUCUUGUUCAUUACAGUCCACUCCUACCUCGGCGGCCUUCACUGCACAGUUGUUUGAUGCCGUACAUGGCGUAGCCUUGGCUCUAUCAGACCUGGUCAACAAGAAAGUUAUCAGCCGGACGUCAGACGUGCAGACUGUGCGAGACAAUCUCUAUCAAAAGCUGAGGACAUUUAAUGACCCUAGCACAGGUUUCCCAAGUGCCACUGGUACCAACAAUGUUAUGUUCUUUAAUCAAGAUCAAGAUGCCCCUCCACUAUACGAUGUUGUUAACCUUGUGGUAAGUUUGAAGGAUAUGUAUCUCACUGUUAAGCUAAAUUUUGCUUAAAACAGCGAAAGACGUUUCACCUGUAGAUCAUAGAUUAUCAUUUUGUCUGUUUGUAAAAAUACAUUCACGUUCACAAAUAGAAAAUUACUCAAGAAAUAAAUAAACAUUUUUUCCCAAUGAUUUUGACCGGUCAGGACCAAGGCUUUUCGCUGAAUUUAGUUUUCGUAGUUAGCGAUAACAGUGAUUUUCAAAAGUAAACAAAAUGGACUAAGUUGUCGUGACGCAGUGGGGUAGUUGUUAAUUGGGACUUAAUUCUGUUACUAUCGCCUGUAAUCCUGUUUAUCACAGAUUAACGUUUUCACUGAAUCCGGGUUUUCAUAACUUUUUCUAUGUCCUUCCGUUAUGUUGUUGAAGAUGUGUUUUUGGCCCAAUUUGCAUGGUUUUUAGUUGUUGCUGCAUGGCUGCUGAAAAAUUGAGAGUAAAAAGAUUUUUGUUAAUCAUCAAAAGCUAUUAGAUGCGCUUUAUGUAAUAACAACAUCUAUGAUUCUAAUUUCCAGGGCAACAACUGGCUCACUGUAGGUCAAUAUGACUCCAAAACGAAGGAAAUCAGUCUGCGAAGAGACCCUGUCUUCCCUGGUGGAGUCACUCUCAUUCCUGAGAUAGGCCGGCCUACUUACAAGAUCGCUGCGUUCUUUCCCAUCCAUGAAGACCUAGGACCAUUGAAGACUCUUGGUAGUGAGUGGCAGGCAGCUUUCAGGGUUGCUGUGGAGCUUGUUAACUCGGGUCCCUUUAAAGUGGCGUUUACUUACGUUCUUGCUGAUGGUGGUUAUGAUUCAGAUUCUUGUCGGCGUGAAGCUGAGGUAUGAGGGAGUUAAUUUCUUGAAAGCAACCCACAGUAAUUUUCAUUUUGACCUUUUUUCUUUCAUAGUGAAUGAUGGAGGCUUUUGAUGUGGCUCAAAAUUUUGAGUCUCUGGUCGAAAUUCUAAGAAUGACUGAAAUGAAACCCUCUCUACAGUACUUUUACAUGAUAUUAUUUCCGUACUAUGUAGUUCUCACUUUUGAGCCUCUUGCUGAAAUUCUGGGGUGAGACCAUUCACAUGAAUCCUCUGCAUGCAUUCUACAAAACUGAGAACUUUGUAAAUUUUUCUAAUUUUAACUUUAUCGACGGCUUAUCCAAAGUAGCAAAAUGUUUCUCUUACAGUCAAAUCGCUAUCGUGGUAAUCUUUUAAACUACCUCCAAAUCUUAGGGUCUUAGUUUGGUCAAUUACAAGAAUUUCAGCUGUAGGCGCAUUUAGGAUUUUUGCAACAGACUCUGAAGUAAGAAGGACACCUGUUUAGUGUAUGGAAUCGCAGUAGCUGUAAUUUUACUAAGAAUGUUAGGUCUGCCUCAACGUCUGUUUCAUUUGACACAUCAUGCUUUGGGUGGGUUAUAAUAAGCUGAUAAAUGGACUAACAACAGUAGCUAUAACAGUAGCAAGUGAAGCCCUCCAUGCUGAAGGUCAAGCUUACUUAAAGUAUGUUAUGCAAGGAGACACGUAAUUUUGUCAUAUCAGUUAUCAUCUGAGACAUUUUAAUUUCACUUUUGCAAAAGUAUUUGUAGAGCGUUUUCACAUGACGUCACGCCCCCCAUAUUGGCGUUCCAAAACAAUAAAACAAGGGCCAUAUUGGUACUUCACACCGAUCGUGUGGAGUUAAACUUUUUUCUUAUGUAAGAACUCUUUUUGUUACUAAAAGUUUGAGUGCAUAGCUGCCGGCCACUGGACACUUAUAGGGUUAUUUCCGAUAUGAAUGUAACAUGGUUCGCACAAGUCCUUGAAAAUUGCAGUCGGUGCUGGAAAGUCCUUGAAUUUCAAUGCUAACUUUAUAAUUUAGCUCGAACUUCAAAAGAAAAGGAGCAAACACAGAAAGACAUUCGGAAUAAAAUUGCUCAUGUUUUGGAAGAACUUAAAAAGACAGACUCAAGACUCGGGUUUCUACUACCAGCACGUUUGACUCGUACAGCGAAGACCUGGUUCGAAAGUGCGCACUGAAAGGAGUCCUUGAAAAAUGGAAAGUGUGUCCUUGAAAGUCCUUGAAAAGUCCUUGAAUUUUUUGUUCAAAAAAAGGACCCUGAUAUAAAGACUCUGUUUUUCGCUUUUUUUCAGAAUCUCCCAGACGACACUGACCUUAUUAUCGGAGAGGCCAGAUCUGGUUGCUCAAUUGCCAUCGCUGAGGCCACAAAACACAAGAACAUUCCUCAGAUUUCAUAUGCCUCGACUUCCGCUCAGCUCUCAGAUAAACAGACUUAUCCAAACUUCUUCCGCACUUGCACCUCAGACGUCUAUCAAGGACAAGCUCUGGCAAAGCUUGCUCAAAGGUAUAAGUGGUCCCAGGUUUCUACUAUCAGCACGUUUGACUCGUACAGCGAUGAUCUGGUUCGAAAGUUUGCCGUGAACGUGAGGCGGGUGGGAGUCGACAUUAAGACUGAGCAGCGAUUUGAAGCCCACACUAAAAACAGCAUUAAAGAAAAUCUCAGAGAGGUAGGAACAGUCUAUUUCCCAUAAACUUGACGUACAUAUAUAUUUCCUCUUCGUAAACCACUUUCUUUCUUCAAAUAACAUAUGUUUAGUCACCUAAAACUUAACGGGCAGGAGCGUGGCCGACUGAUCAGCGAGUCAGACUCACAAUCCAAACCUGAUUUCGGGUUCCUGUCCCGCUCUGAUUAGCAACAGAAUUUGUUCCUUAGUUUUCUUGACUUCUGUCAUUGUAAGCCAUUCUUGUAAACAGCAAGCUGUGUUACCUCCUGCCAUCUAAUUUUUGAUUACUAGGUUGUUUUCGAUUAUUUGGGUAAAGUGCCUAGGUUUGCUUGAGCAACUAAGCACACAUCCGCUGUAAACAGUGAAUUCCAGUCACCUAACUCAUGUGACAAUUUCUAAUCAUGCAGAUGAAGGAAAGCAGGUGUGCAGUAAAUCUGGUCAGCGCCGCUACCGAUGAUUCUGAGAAAGUUUUUCAGGAAGCAGUUGAGCAGGUAACUAACUGGAACUGAUCGAUUCCUGUCAAUCCGCAACCUUAUAGGUGAUCUACUUAAGAACCCAUCGUCUAAUUUUUCAUUUCUUGUGUCGUUCCCAGGGCAUGACCGGUAAAGGCUGGACGUGGAUUGGUACCGACGGUGCAACGACAUCAAGUUUCACUGAAUCUCCGAACUUGCGACGAGCCAUGCAAGGGAUGGUAGGUACCAGGCCCAAACACGGCGAAGGAGUUCUGUAUCAGAGACUGCUAAAGAUCUGGAAGGAAAAAGAUGCAGCUUCAUUCCCAGGCCUAAUACACUUGCCUCGAAUACUCCAGGUUAGGCCCCAGCCUAUUUUCUGCGGUCCUCUGUCCUGUUCAAUUCGGUUGUUAAUAAAUUUACCUGUGUAAAAACUCGUUUUUUUUGUUUGUUCCGCAGGCUUCGCCAUAUGUUGCACAAGUCUAUGACGCAGUUCUCGCUUAUGCGCAUGCUCUGACAACACUUCAUGAAGCUGGAACGAUAAACAAGGUGAGAAUAUCCUGAACAGCUCCUGCUUAGUAGCCGUGCGUAUCCAAGGAGCCUUGGAAAACGAGAUAUACCCUUAUUAUUAAACACGGCUUGUUUUACUGAAAGAAUGAUUCGCAAAUUCGACAGCGGCAAGAUUAGCUCAGUCGGUAGAGCACUCAGGAGGUCGCGGGAUCAAACGGCCACACCUUCGCGUGGCUCGUAUGACCACGUAAAAUAGCGGUCCCGUCCCGUCUCCAGAAGGAGACGUACAAAUAGUGUCCCAGUUAGUACUUUCCUGCUAAAUACAUUGGCACUCAAUAAAGUGCAUUUUUUUAACUCUCCGUUCACUUUUCAAAGCAUUUCAUGUCAAGUUCAUCGCAUCUACGGUCUCAUUACUCUCAUUCCAAGCGUGGACGCACUUUGUUGAAAAUAUUGUAAGUAUUUUCAUCUAACUGUUUCUUUCAGUAUUCAACCCGGUCUGAGGUUCAAACAGAAUUGAUGAAGGAACUACGAAAAAUGAAAGAUACAAAUACAGGAUUCGAUAGCGCCACUGGAGGAAAAAUGUUCUUCGAUUCUAAUCAAGACGCCCCCGCGCUUUACGACGUGGUGAAUUUAAAUGGUGACUCCUGGAUUAAAGUUGGCUCAUAUGACCCAUCCCCGGAUCAAGGCCUCAGUAUCAAGAGAAAGAUUGUUUGGCCAGGGGGUAGCGUGAAUCCUCCACCCGAUCAACUGCCCCCAAGGUAAAGUAAUUUUUUAUACUCUGGUGAACUGAACUUGUCCCCACAGACUAGUAAAGCCUGGCGAAUGACAAUAUGCGCGCGGAACCAUGUCUCCUGGCCGCCAGGAAAAAAAAGCGGCUUUUUUCGUCAUUUCUACUGGCACCGUCCACAAGUAUCCAGACAUUUUUAAAACCGCAUAUUUUUUACCUAGAUUCGUGUGAACGGGAUCUUAAACAACUCUGGAGAGCGGUUUCAAAAAGAUGCGGUUUCGGUGAGCGGAUUCACAGGUUUCGUGCGUUUCUUGUUUACGUGGCCGUUAUUCACUUUUCCUCGUUUUUAAAGCGUCUCCGUAAAAGUUUACAGCAAAAUUUAGUGUACUAUAACCAGUUUUAAAAAAUGUUGAGACACUCCGACGAAAAGCUGGCCUGAAAUCGCUUCGAAAUCACCGUUCUUGAGUGUGAACAUAGCUGCCUUACAUAGUGGCACAGUACUCUAAUACUGUUUCCAUUCUCUUCUUUAUAGCACCAAAGAAGUCGCUGGGACGGAAGAACCCAAAUCAACAAGUGUUAGUAGAGACGGCAUUAUAGCUCUGGGAGUUGUAUUCGGUAUCUUUGCUGCUGCUAUGGGAACGUUCGUUACCUACUUAAUAUACAGAGAGAAGAAAGGAAAGCCUUCAUUUGCUCCCCAGGUGAGUUGA